GACGGGCGAGAGGGAGGAGCUUGGUGAGGCCUAGAGCAGGGCGGGGCCAGCAGGAAGGGCAAGUCCGAGGGUCGCCGGCUUUGGCGCGCCCUGUGGAGCCGGUGAAGCGGCCGCUGCUUCUCUGGUGGCUUUCCCAGCCAGGAUCCUGUGCUGACACAUUUCCAAAGUGCCUUCUAUCAGCCUACAACUCUGACCUAGAAGCCACUGUUAGCCUGUGGAGGAGUGGUCUGAACCAGCUCACUAGUUCCUUUGAUUCUGGGACCGCGUGAACUUGAUCCCAUGGCACACCGGCUGCAGCUGCGUCUGCUGACAUGGGAUGUGAAGGAUACCCUGAUCAAGCUCCGCCGCCCUGUUGGGGAGGAAUAUGCCAGCAAGGCCCGGGCCCAUGGGCUGGUGGUGGAAGCCACAGCCCUGGAACAAGCCUUCAGGCAAGCAUACAAGGCUCAGAGCCACAGCUUUCCCAACUAUGGCCUGAGCCAUGGCCUUACCUCCCGGCAGUGGUGGACAGAAUUGGUCCUACACACCUUCCAUCUAGCAGGGGUCUCGGAUGCCCAGGCCACCACUCCAGUUGCUCACCAGCUCUAUGAAGACUUCAGCAGGCCUUGCAGCUGGCAGGUGUUGGAGGGGGCUGAGGCUACCCUGAAGGGGUGCCGUAGGCGGGGUCUGAGGCUGGCAGUGGUCUCCAACUUUGACCAGCGACUAGAGGAUAUCCUAGCAGGCCUUGGCCUUCGAGAACAUUUUGAUUUUGUUUUGACUUCUGAGGCUAUGGGCUGCCCUAAACCGGACCCACAGAUUUUUCGUGAGGCCUUGCGACUGGCUUGUGUAGAACCUGGAGUGGCAGCUCAUGUUGGGGAUAGUUACCUCUGUGAUUACCAGGGGGCUCGGGCUGUAGGUAUGCAUAGCUUCCUGGUGGUAGGCCCAGAGCCUCUGGACACCUCAGUCAGAGAUUCUGUACCUAAAGAACGUAUGCUGCCCUCCCUAUCCCAUCUCCUGCCUGCCCUUGACCUUAUGGAGACCUCAAGCCCCACAUCAUGAGACUGGUGAGGAAAGUAGCUGAGACCAAAUAAAUGUUAUAGGCAGGGAGUUCCUUCUUUCUCCCCUCUCCUGCAGAAGGAAGUGCCUUGACUCCCUCUGCAGCCCCCAUAAAUAACCAUUCUGAGCAUGGAACAGUGAGGGCUUGGCAGUAGGCUGGACUCAGCUCACUCAUCCAUACAUGUGUCCUUUUUGUCAUUACAUGAUGUGUGUGAAUGUG